CUGGAGGAAAGAUCUUCCCUCGCAAUGCAAGCUCAGCAGAGGGCCAUGACGUAAUCCAAUCAUCCGACCCUUCAACAGUUAACAGCCCAUCAGUGGGCUAGAAAUGCUUUGACUCCCCCGUCUUCACUAACGUCGUGCCUAUCAACCAGUAGCACACAUUAUAUCGGCUCAAGUCCAGUAGCAUGGAGAAUCAUCCGGAAUUCGGUCAUGCGACCCUACCAUUCUUUGCAAUGGAACCUAGGUAUGCAAACCUAAAUCAUGGUACGGCGGGCGGUAUUCCGCGGCGUGUCGAGGAUGCAAGCCAAGGCCUGGCUGCUCGUAUCGCAGCGAAUCCAGACCGCUUCAUCUGGUUCCACUAUCGACCGAUGCUGGAGGAGGUGCGCGGAAUGGUUGCUAAGCUGAUCGGCGCAGAUCCCAGCGAAUGUGUAUUCGUGCCGAACGUCUCUCAUGGGAUCAGCGUCGUGUUGCGGAAUUUCAGUUGGGAGGAAGGCGAUGUUAUCGCCAUCACCAAUUGCACGUUUGGAACCAUCAGUGCUGCAGCACGUUACGUCUCCGAUUCCCCUCCUCAUCCGAAGCUCUCCAAGUUCGCUCUAUCUUUUCCAGAGACGCGUGCCUCUAUCCUUGAGCGGUUCCGCGAGUAUCUCAGAUCCCUGAAGGCAGAACAGCGCCGAUCUGCGUCCGGGAUUCUCAAGGGCAAGAUUGUCGCGGUGUUGGAUAGCAUCUCAGCGACUCCAUCCGUCUACAUGCCCUGGAGGGAGAUGGUGCAGAUCUGCAGAGAAGAAUCAGUGUGGAGUGUCAUUGAUGCGGCACAUUCGCUAGGCCAGGAAGUAGACAUCAACCUAACAGAGGCAGCGCCUGACUUCUGGGUGUCGAGCUGCUCAAAAUGGAUGUAUACCAAGUACGGUUGUGCACUGCUCUAUGUGCCAAAACGCAAUCAUCACAUCAUCAAGUCCGCAUUCCCUACGAGCGUUACAUACGGGGCACGUUUAAAUGGAGGACAAGAUGAUCUCCAAUCGAAGUUCUUCUGGACCGGAACGCUAGACUUUACGAUACCUCUGAGUAUCAAGCCAGCCCUAGAAUUUCGAAGCUUUUUAGGUGGCGAGAAGAAAAUCAACGAAUACUGCCGUGCAUUGGCACUUGCUGGCGGGAAGCGGCUCGCUGAAAUCCUGAAUACGCGCACAAUGUUUUCGGAUGACUUUGACGAGGCGAAGGCGCUCACUGCGAAUAUGAUUAACGUCGAGAUCCCGUUGGCAAGCUCAGUAGCGCCGACGUCGGCUGUCACCCUGAUGUUCCAGGAUAAGCUGCUCAACCAACACAACGUAUAUGCGUCGCAGUUCUACUACGAUGGCAGAUGGUGGACGAGAGCAAGCGCGCAGGUAUACAACGAGAUUAGUGACUUCGAGAAGCUCGGGAACGCUCUACUGGUUGUAUGCGCGGAGAUCACGAAGGAGGUUGCAGAGCGAGCGAAGAUAUGACAGCACAUCGGUUUUGCAC